AUGGCUUUAGCCAUUUCAUCCACUUCAUUAUCAAGUUUUCCAAACAGAGAAAUAUGUCAAAAGGUUUUAUAUCAAGGAACUACAACAAGUUCAUGGUUAAGUAGAAGAAGAACACUUACGAUUAGAAAUGCGAAAAAAGGUGUUUCCGAUUUGUGUGUACCACUUCCUCCAGAUAGGCCAUUGUGGUUUCCUGGUAGUUCACCUCCUGAAUGGCUUGAUGGCAGUCUUCCUGGUGAUUUUGGUUUUGACCCUCUUGGAUUAGGCUCUGAUCCAGAGUUAUUAAAAUGGUUUGCACAAGCAGAACUAGUACAUGGAAGAUGGGCAAUGUUAGGAGUAUCAGGAAUCCUAAUCCCCGAGAUACUCGAAGGAAUGGGCUACGUAAAAAACUUCUCAUGGUACAAUGCAGGUGGACUUUGGUUCGAUCCUAUGCAGUGGGGAAGAGGGUCACCUGAGCCUGUUAUGGUUUUGAGGACUAAAGAGAUUAAGAAUGGAAGACUUGCUAUGCUUGCUUUUGUUGGGUUUUGUUUUCAAGCUGUUUAUGUUGGAGAUAGUCCUAUUCAGAAUUUGAUGGCUCAUCUUGCUGAUCCCGGUCACUGCAACAUUUUCUCGGCUUUCACUUCAAGGUAG